AAGCCACCAACACUCCAUGUGCGUCAUCUUUCCUACCCUCGCUCUUGCUCCUUUUUGGCAAGGAAGAAUCUAUCUUUUAUGUAGAGAGAGAGAGAGAGAGAGUUGCAGUUCUAAUCAUGGAAGUUGUUCUGGCAUUGCAUGUGCUUCAAUCACCUUGGCCCACUUCACGUCAUAUUACACUUCUCAGCUUCCUCCUCAAACCAAUCUUCAAAUAAUAGUCUCUCUCUUCUAUAUAUCCUUCUCCAUUUUUACUCAUUUCCUUAAUGUGAUAAGAGGACUUAGAAGCAGCUAGCUGUUGCCACGAGACAUGAGCAGUCCAGCUCCAGCACCUUGCAGCCGAUCUUGGUCCAUAAGCGAGGACUCCCUGAGAAGGUACGUGCAUUUUGCGAGUGAGAGCUGCAUACAAGAGUUGCUGUCAGCUUCGGACUCAAAUAGGGCUGCAAAUGACAAUGAUGGUUGGAAGGUUCUUACUCUAGAAAAUGGAGUAGAGAUAUCAAAACGCAGGUCUGGAUCACUUCACACUUUUCGUAGCCGCUGGCUACUCAGAUCAGUCUCACCUCAACAAUUCAUCACUGUUGCUAAUGCCAUUGAUGCUGCAAAGCAAUGGGACCCUGAUUUGGUGGAAGCGAAGUAUAUAAAAGAUCUUGAGGAUAAUCUCAGCAUCAUACGUCUCAGGUUUGGAGAUAGCUCUAAGCCUCUAUUUAGGAACAGAGAAUUCAUAGUUUAUGAGCGACGUGAAACCAUGGAAGACGGCACUUUGGUAGUAGCGGUUGCUUCACUGCCAAAGGAGAUAGCUGCUGGAUUGCAUCCAAAGCAAAAUAAUGCAAUCAGAGGACUACUGCUUCAGUCAGGGUGGGUUGUGGAGAAGCUUGAAGAUGACUCCUGCCUGGUAACUUAUGUUGUCCAGCUAGAUCCUGCUGGGUGGCUGCCCAAGUGUUUUGUGAAUCGGCUUAACACAAAGCUAGUUAUGAUCAUUGAAAAUCUUAGGAAACUAGCGCAGGCUUGUCCGAUUGAAGGUGAUACAUAAUUACAUCAAUGUGGAGUGGGAAAAGAAAAGAGACUAAUGUAUAAUGGUGAUACAAUUAUUCAUCAAUAGUCCUGGUGCCCUCUCUUUUUUCACUCUCUCCUAGACUUGGAAUUUACUACUUUCAGCAUGAAUGAAAAUGUGCAUAUUUGAACAUUCA